UCAUAGCAAACUGCAUAGUCCUCGCACUGGAACAACAUCUACCCGAUGACGACAAGACCCCGAUGUCCGAACGACUGGAUGACACAGAACCAUACUUCAUUGGAAUUUUUUGUUUCGAGGCUGGAAUUAAAAUCAUCGCCCUUGGGUUUGCCUUCCACAAAGGCUCUUACUUGAGGAAUGGCUGGAAUGUGAUGGACUUUGUAGUGGUGCUAACAGGGGAGAUGGUGCAGGACUUGGAGAUGCCAUGCUGUGACACGUCAUGGAAGCUUGACAAUGUCCUCUCUCUCUGGGAAGGACCUGACCCAGCCCCAGAGACAAAAGGCUCUCACCUUCAGUGGGCUUGUGCAGUAGAGUGCUAAAGUUGAGAUUUGGGGGUGGGUGGGCCUAGGAAUGUGAAAGCCCCUCUCUUCCUGACUUCUCUGGUUGUACUCAGCCCAUUGGUGGUCUCAUCCAAUCUUGAGGCUUUAAACACCCCUCUGUACUGAUGUAUCCCAAACUUAUGUCACUAGUCUGGACUUUUGUUGAUGUCCUCACUUGGGGUUGGGGGUUCUCAGGCAUCUCUCACUCGAGAUGUCCAAAACCAAACCCUGAGCAUCCCUCUAAUACUGUCCCUUCCUGUCAUUCUGUAUCAGUGAUGGCAGCUCUGUCCUUCCAGGAGCUCAGGUCAAAAACUUUGUCUUCCCCUCCCUCUGUCACUAACUCCACAGAUAAUUUUUCCGCAAAUCCUAUGGGCUUUGUCUUUAACAUGUAUACAGGAUCUCACCAUUUCUCCCACCUCCACUGCCACCGCCUGUCUAAACCAUCAUCAUCUCCCAUCUGGACUGUUGGGGCAGCCUCCACCUGGGUGUCUCUCCUUCUGCCCUUCUCCUCCCACAGCCUGUUAUCAACACAAGCAACCAGAAGGAUCUUUUUAACACAUAAAGAAGAUCAAAUCACUUUCCAGUUCACAUCGCUCCCAUGAUUCCUGCCUCAGUGUAGACGUGAAAGUUCUCACCAUGGGCCACAAGGACCUGCACAAGCUGCCCCAUCACAUCCCACCUUCAUUGCCCACCAAGCUCCUCGCUGUCCCUUGAAUAUUUGAGGCAAGUUUUCAUCUCAUCACCUGUAGUCCCCGCUGUUUGGUGUGAUUUUCUCCCCAAUAUCUGCUUGAUCCUUUUCCUCAUCUUCAACACUUUACUCCACUGUUCCUU